GGUGUUUUGGUGAACUGUCAUGGAGGCUGCUAGUUGCCACAGUUACUGACGGUUAUUUUUUACUGUUUUAGUCCUGAUUUUUAAUCACUCAAUUUCCCUGUCAUCUCCUCUAGUAUAAAGGUUGGCAGUCACUGAAAUCAUGGAGUCCAUGCUCAAUAAACUAAAGAGCACCGUCACCAAGGUGACAGCCGACAUGACCAGUGCCGUCAUGGGUAACCCUGUCACGCGGGAGUUUGAGGUGGGCCGACAUAUCGCCAGUGGUGGUCCUGGAAUGUGCUGGAGGAUCUACGAUGGCACCAAAAAAUCCACCAAACAGGAAGUGGCAGUCUUUGUGUUUGAUAAGAAGAUCAUUGAUCGAUAUCAGAAAUUUGAGAAGGAUCAGAUCAUUGAUUCACUAAAGAAAGGAGUCCAGCAGCUGACCCGGUUACGGCACCCACGCCUCCUCACGGUUCAGCACCCGCUAGAGGAGUCCAGAGAUUCUCUAGCAUUUUGCACAGAGCCUGUGUUCGCCAGUCUAGCUAAUGUGCUCGGCCAAUGGGACAACCUCCCCAGUCCUGUUCCCACAGACAUCAAAGAAUACAAACUCUAUGAUGUGGAGACCAAAUACGGCUUACUGCAGAUCUCAGAGGGUUUGACAUUUCUCCACAGUGGGGUGAAAAUGGUUCACGGUAACUUGUGUACACAGAACGUCAUCUUAAAUAAAAGUGGAGCUUGGAAAAUCAUGGGGUUUGACUUCAGUAUUUCCUCUAGUAACCCCUCAGAAGCAGAGCCCAAGUAUGUUUGUAAAGAGUGGGACCCCAAUCUACCAUCUCUCUGCCUGCCUAACCCAGAGUAUGUCGCCCCAGAGUACAUUCUGUCAGUCAGCUGUGACGCGGCCUCCGACAUGUACUCGCUGGGCGUGUUGAUCCACGCCGUGUUUAACGAAGGCAAGCCCGUCUUUCAAGUCAACAAGCAGGACAUAUAUAAGAGCUUCAGUCGACAACUCGACCAGUUGAGUCGUUUGAAACCUGGAGUGUUGAGCCAGAUCCCAGAGGAAGUUAGAGAACACGUGAAGAUGUUGCUUAGCGUCACGUCCAAUGUGCGUCCAGAUGCAGACCAGAUGACCAAGAUUCCUUUCUUCGAUGAUGUCGGAGCGAAGACACUUCAGUACUUCGACUCGCUUUUCCAGCAGGACAACUUACAGAAGUCCCAGUUCUACAAAGGCCUCCCCAAAGUUCUGCCCAAGCUGCCUCAGCGAGUGGUGAUCUAUCGGAUUCUCCCGGCCCUCACGUCCGAGUUUGUGAAUCCAGACAUGGUCCCGUUCGUACUUCCAAAUGUGCUGCUUAUUGCUGAAGAGUGCACUAAAGAGGAAUACAUCCGCCUUGUUCUCCCAGACCUCACCCCAGUUUUUAAACAGCAGGAGCCCGUACAGGCCAGCAAUAUGAUCCUAUUGAUAUUUCUACAAAAGAUGGACCUGCUUUUGACCAAAACCCCACCUGAAGACAUCAAGAACAGUGUGCUGCCCAUGGUGUACAGAGCAGUGGAGGCACCUUCCAUACAAAUACAGGAACUCUGUCUUAACAUCAUUCCCACAUUUGCCAAUCUGAUCGAGUAUCCCUCUAUGAAGAAUGCUCUUAUCCCUCGUAUCAAAUCUACCUGUUUACAGACAUCCUCACUAGCGGUGAGGGUGAACUCCUUGGUGUGCCUAGGCAAAAUUCUGGAAUACCUGGAUAAAUGGUACGUCAUUGAUGAAAUUCUACCAUUCCUGCAACAGAUUCCAUCUAGAGAACCAGCUGUGCUCAUGGGAAUUCUGGGCAUCUACAAGUGCACUUUCACACAUAAAAAACUAGGCAUUCCAAAGGAGCACCUGGCUUCCAAGAGUUUACCUCAUCUGGUGUCACUUAGCAUCGAUAACAAUCUUAACCUUAACCAGUUUAAUUCUUUCAUGGCUGUGAUCAAGGACAUGUUGACUCGCAUGGAGGCGGAGCAUAAGACCAAACUAGAACAGCUGCAUGUCAUGCAGGAGCAACAGAGGAGUUUAAACAUCACAAACCCGAUGAACCAAUCAGAGGAGACUAAGAGCACACCCAGUCCAGCUACUAAAGUCAGAGAUAUUGAUGAGAUCUUUGGUGGCACUUCAGGAGGUGCAGGUGUGAAUGGUAAAGAGAAUGGUCCUUCAUCAACUGCUUCUCAACCCUCAAGAGUAUCUCUUACCCUGGAGGAAAAGCAGCGUUUGGCUAAAGAACAGGAACAGGCUGCCAAACUGAGAAGCCAGCAGCCACUGAAUCCACAGAGUGUCAAACCAGCAACAACAACACCACAGGCAAAGGAUCUAACCAGUAGUCUUCUAAACAACAUGACAUCGCUAAACAACCUCUCGCUAACCUCUGGACCUAGAGGCAACAUCUCCUCUGCGUUCCCAUCUGGAUCCAGCAUGGGAGGAAUGGGCACUAUGGGCCCUGUCAGCAAUGGUUUCAACUCACCCAUGGGCUUUCAGACAGGAGGUAUGGGGAUGGGCAUGAGACCCACCAAUCCUGUUGUCUAUGGGGGCAUGGCCACAACUACCAGCACUCCAAAUUUUAGUGCCCUAAACCAAAACCAGCCCAGCAAACCCCCUGACAUGUCCGUCCUAGACUCCCUCUUCACCUCUAGCAAACCCAAAGUAAGCCUGAACCAGAUGGCCCCCAAUCCGGCACCAGGAACCACAGCGCCUUCCCCGUGGCUCAACCAGUUCGGCCAAGCUCCCCAGACUGCGCCCAUGCAGGCAGCUCCAAUGGGAAUGGCCGGGGGGAUGCAAGGGGGGUUUGGGAGACAGGCUAAUCCCUUCUUCAACCCACAGAACUUUUCACAACCUGUGGCACCUCCAGCAACGAACACUGGAGUGAUGAAACAAAGUACUUCAGUCAACAACGACCUUAAAGACCUCUUCGGAUAGACUUUUGAAUCGCAAUUGAAACUACAUCAGCAGUGAAGGCGAUGAUGUGAAGGUACAUCGUAUCCUUCUUUGAAAGACAGUGUUUAAAGUAGUUUUUUGGAUUGUUUUGUCUUUUCUAGCUCUCUUAUCACCGUGCACCUUUAGCGACCAUAUCGGAUCGAACAAACCAUGAUGUUUAUUAAGAAGCGAGACGCUUGGGCUUUUCCACCGUUAGUCAGUGUACGCUUGGAAUUCAUCGGCUUGUUUCGCCUGAUCAUUGUAAGGUUUGGCUUGGCACACGCUCCGAAAAAGAAAUCAACUUUUGGUUUCAUUUCUGCUUAAACCUCACCCAUGGCUCUAUGAUUCGACUUUCUCUAUUUGAAUGAAUGCAACACGAUUGCUGAUUUGAGUCUCUGUCUCUCUUGAGAUAAAAGUGAUAUUGGUCCUAUCCACAGUUACCGGACCAAUUAGUUGAUUAUUAAUGUAUUCUUUGUGUAUAUACUGUAAGUGAUGUUGAUUAUGGUUUCAUAUUUUGAUGCACUGAAAAUAAUUUUUAAAAUGAGGAGACUGUCAUAUGCUGUAGGUGGACUAAAUGUAAUAGAGCUGAAAAUUGUAGGGUUUGUCAUGUUGGGAUCUCAUCAGUACUUUUAAAUGAGUUUGUGAUUCAUAGUCUGUAAUGGCUUAUGUACAACAGAAUCCAUGGGCUUUAUUCAUGUAACACGAGCAUUUUAUUUGUAAAACCAUUCCUGGUUAAAAAAUAUAUACAUUUUGCAUUACAGGAAUUUAGGACGGUUAAAGGAAUAGUUCACCCCAAAAUCAUAAUUUUCCCAUUUUAUUACAAACCUGUAUAAAUGUAUUUGUUCUGAUGAACACGAUGGAAGAUAUUUUGAGGAAUGUUUGUAUCCAAAACCAUUCAUGGGCUCCAUUCGCUUCCAUAGUAGAAAUAAAGAAUACUAUGGAAGUGAAUGGGGCUCAUGAAUGGUUUGGUUACAAUAAUUCCUCAAAAUAUCUUCUCUUGUGUUCAUCAAAACAAAUACAGGGUUGUAAAAAUGUGAAGGUGCGUAAACAAUGACAUUAUUUUCUAUCCCUUUAAGAUAUUUUUUGCAGUUACAGUUAAGUAUAGCCCUUCAUUUCUCAUUACUGUAAAGAGAAAAAAAUCUUAUUUUCAUUACUGUUAUGUAAUUUAUAAUGUAUGCAUACAGUGCUUUUCCUUUAAAACCAGAAAAUACAAGCGAUACUUGGUUUUUGGGAAUUUAUUAUGUAAAUGAAUGCGAAGGAGGAUAUUGGACACAAUGUAUGAAUGGUUUUACAACUGCUAAAAUUCACUCUGUAUCAUGAAUGAGGCCUGAUGUGUUUGUCUGCUUUCGUUACACACUGUUACUUCUUGCCUUGUGUUUGUUAUAUAUCCUGUAAUCUCCUGCAGUGUUGUGUUUUAUGGAUAUAGUGGCGUCACAUUCGGUCCCUCGAUGCGUCCGUCAGCAUUAGCACCACAGAAUAUGGGCAGUUUUCUGUUUUAGAGAGAGUGACCAAUUGAACAUAUAUCAUAUCGUGACCAAACGGAUACAAGUCACCAAAAUGUGUAUUAUUUCUACAAACAACAUGAGCUGUACAGUGUAUAGAGGUGAACUGCCACUUAACAUUUUUUUUAAAUACUGUCGCGAAUCGCUUUCAUAAAGAGGAUCUUUCAUGUCCAGAUUUUAUUUAAAGGGAAAACUUAAGAAGAAGAGGCCUUAUGUUGAGAGUUGUGCAAUAAUAGGUCUGUAGUAGAGGCUGGAAAAAUGACUCGCUGUAUGAGUGUUUUGCUACAUGCGGUUUUCAACUAGUCAAUUAUUGUAGAUAGAUUUAUCUGGAUUUGUUUUAAUUUAAAAUGUGAACUGGUUUGUUGGUAAGAUGGUGAUUUUGGAAUCAAAUAAAAAGAUUAUUUAAAGAAAUAA